AAAAAAACAAAUAAAUAAAAUAAAUAAAAUUCAAAUUAAGGUUUAAGUGUUCCAGUCAUCUCCCACGGCUCAACCACCGAUAAAAAGAACUGUCACGGCGGAGUGAGAAAAAGUUACGGUGGCGGUUCUGUGAAAAUGAAAUCAAUAAUCGACAAAGAACCACCGUCAGAUUUGUUCCCUUCCAAACACGAAUUUCCCAGACUCGUCGCCGUGCUCGCCGUCGCAUCGCUAGUUGCUUGGACCUCCAAUCUCCUUUUCACCUCUCUCCUUUAUCCAUCUACGAAACCCUUCUGUGAUACCAACGUCAAUUCUCUUGAUUACUUUCCCGAUAGUUGUGAACCUUGUCCAAGUAAUGGAGAGUGCAAUGAUGGAAAAUUGGAGUGUAUCAGUGGUUACCAAAAGAAUGGAAAUUUGUGUGUAGAAGAUGGAGAUAUCAAUGAAUCUGCUAGAAAAAUUGUGGAGACUGUGGAGCGUCACCUCUGUGGAGAAUAUGCUCAGUUUUUGUGCUCUGGAGCUGGAUCAGUUUGGGUUCAUGAUGAUGAUUUGUGGAAUUAUUUUGAGUCAGUGGGAAAUGUCAAAGAGGGCAAUGCACUUUAUAAUUAUACAAAACAAAGGGCAUUUGAUACAAUGGAUAAAUUAUUGGAGACGAGGUUAAACUCUCAGGGGAUGAAGGAAUUCAAGUGUCCAGAUUUGCUAGCAGAGCAUUACAAGCCAUAUCCCUGCCGCUUUCGUCAGUGGAUCACUCAACAUAUUCUUGUUGUUUUACCAAUUUGUGCUAUGCUUGUAGGAUGCUCAAUUUUGUUCUGGAAUGUCCGUCGAAAGCUACGCGUGUCGAGACGAGUUGAGGAGCUUUAUAGCAAGGUCUGCGAAAUACUUGAAGAGAAUGCAUUGACAUCAAAAAGUGUAAAUGGUGAGUGUGAACCCUGGGUUGUUGCUUCUCGGUUACGUGAUCACCUGCUUUUACCAAGAGAGAGGAAGGACCCUUUAUUAUGGAAAAAGGUAGAAGAAUUGGUUCAAGAAGAUUCUCGUGUAGACCGCUAUCCAAAGUUGGUGAAGGGUGAAUCUAAAGUGGUAUGGGAAUGGCAAGUUGAAGGUUCUCUUAGCGCAUCAAAGUUGUUGACUAAAAGAGAUGUAAGCAAAACUAAGGUCAAUGGAAACAUAGACCUGAGUUGUCAACCACGACCUACAAUGAAAGCAGAGCUCAUGGAACCACAUUUUUGAUACAAAAUUUUCUUUGAGUAGUGAUCCGUAUAAAUCAAGAUGGAGGCUGAAGCUUAGUCUAAUGAUGUUGGUGUAUAAAAUGUUGGGUGAGAACGUAGGAUAUAUAUUGUAUACCUUCGCAGCUGCACGGAGCAAUCGUGUGAGUGUGUCCUGCGUUUGGUGAAACAUCAGUUUGUAAAAAAAUGUAGAUUCAUAGGGCCUGCAUUCUUAAAAUUUUAAAUAUGCUUAUAUUAUGUUUUAGGGAGAAACAUCAGGUCCUUGAAACUUUUUAUGUUCUAGGACCAGUGGAUCCUGAUCGCUGUUAAACAAAUUAGUUAUGUAAUAUGAGACUCCAUUCACUUGCA